AUUCUUUUAUUUUUCCUCCCACAGGAGUCCGUGCUGGGAGAAGGUUCAAACACAGAGAGAUGCGUAACAGGAAAAAGAAUAACGAAAACUUUUGAAAAAAUAAAACAGAAAUAAAGAAGGAAAACCGAGAAGAGGAGAUCCCAUCAACUAAGGAAUUAAAUGAAAAUAGAUUUGAAAGUAGAAGUGGGAAGGACUAAGUUAACCAAGCCAUCUCUCAUCAUGACUGACGAGAGACCGUUUGCGUGCACGUACUGCGGGAAGAGGUUCCGGUGGAAACAGAACAUGAAGCAGCACCAGAGGAACCACACGGGAGACAAGCCGUUCCAGUGUUCGUACUGCAGCAAGAGGUUCGACUGGAAGCACAACUUAGCGACCCACGUGAGAGUCCACACGGGGGAAAGGCCGUUCAAGUGCACAGUCUGCGAUAAAAAUUUCACCCAAAAAGGUCAUCUGAAAGAGCAUGCCAGGAUUCAUAACGGCGAGAAGCCCUUCGAGUGCGCGGACUGCCAGAAAAGGUUCACUGCAAAGUCUUACUUGAAAAAACAUGCAUGCAUACGAAAGCGUGUCAAGUGUGCUGUAGUUGUUGCACCGUGUUUGUGUUCCAUCUGUGGCGCAGAAUUUCAGACGAAGAGAGAUCUGAAAAUUCAUAGGAACGCUCACAGAGCCAAGAAGAUAUUCAAGUGUUCACACUGCAACAAAGAAAUGACUCAGAAAUCACAUUUAGAACAACAUAUGAGAAUACAUACUGGAGAAAGACCCUUCCAGUGUUCCUAUUGUGCUAAGAGAUUUGUGCAGAGCAGUGCCUUGUAUCAGCAUGAAAGAUUUCAUAGAAAUGAGAGACCUUACACGUGUUCACACUGUGAGAAAAGUUUUAGUCAGAAAGGCCACCUGAGACUGCACAUGAGAAUUCACACAGGUGAAAGACCUUACCCGUGCAUAUAUUGUGAAAAAAGGUUCUUUGCAAGUUCUGAUCUGAAGAAGCAUGUGAGACUUCACACAGGAGAAAAACUGCUUCCGUGCCCAUAUUGCAAGAAGAAGUUCGUAUCAAAGGUCACUCUAUCCAAGCAUGUGGAAACCCACACAGCUGAGGAAUUCGGGACUGCAGCUGUUAUAAAAGACAGCACCAAAGAAUCUCGAGUGAACAACUUAUCAGCCCAAACAGAGGAACAUCCAGAGAACACUUCCUGUGCGUCGGAAGGUGACCGGAGUGUGUACAGUCUUCGCCCUAGGUCGCAAAAGUCUUUCCACGAUGUAGCCUGUGACAGAACUACCUCAGCGACCCAUCGGGGGCCAGAAAAAGCAUCCAGCGAAGAGGCUUUCAUAUUCAUCAAGUCGGAGUAUAAACCCAUCUUUGUAAAGUCGGAAGAACCAACUAAUGACAUCAAAACGUAUGACAUGUAUAGGACGUGUGUAAUAGAAGAAAAAAUUAAAGUAGAGGACAAUAUAACUGUAAAAGAAGAAAUUGUGUCAGACUGAAUGGUGAUGAACACUUUUUAUAUGUGAUUAUUAUUUAUAUGAAAUUGUUGAAUAGGGUGCUACGCGGAGAAAGAGUUGACAUGGGUUAAUUGUAAUUCGCUAGAAAAUGCCAUGUGAACAUAUAAUAACAAACUAUAGUCAGAACUAUUUUUUCUCUAUUAAUGCAAUAUGAAUUGUCUACUUUUUAAAGUAUGCAAACUAGUAUGGUUAGUGUAAAAGAGAAAAGAAUUCCUUUGUGUACACUUUCUUUGGUUGUUAUCGAUGUUAAAGUAUAUUUCUUGGCUCCAUAAUGGUUGAAAAGUUGUAGCGCUUGUAAGCAUAAUACCGAUAUUCAUACUAUUUAUACAGUUUGUCUAGAAAUAGUUAAAUGGAUCACGCUGGACUGUGACCAUAGAAUGCUUGGCCAUGUCCAUGUGCUGAGGAGGAGAGGGCCAGGGGGGACUAAGAGUAGUUUACCAGUUGGCUUAGGCUAGUGAUUCCCAAACUUUUUCCUUCUGGCACCCCCUUGGCUUUCGUCUGGAUUCCCUUCUUAUAGACAUGCGAACACACUUUAUUUUUAUUUUGGUAUGCUUCAGAUCGAUAGUAGAAAGAUGUACCCUCAUGUUUCUGACAUUUUGUCAUUCAGAUUUUAUAAAAGAAGACUACACCACCCCAAGUAGAUCCAGUGCCCAUUUUAGAACCAAAGGCUUAGGUUCUGUUGAAUCACUAAAUCACUCUACCAUCUCUACCCUCACCCUGCCCUUCACUUACUGAGCUGUUAGGAUGCUGGAUCUAUUCUUCGUGCAACUGCUAAAAAGCAGCAGAUCGAUGUCUGUGAAGUGGCUUAGCACUUUUUUUGUAUAGUAAUUGUAAGCCAUGCUGCGUAAUAGAAAGGGUCAGAGAAUGAAGGUCAAAUUGCUGGUAUUGAGAAUAGAAUGGAUUUGGCGAGGUGGCGCAUUUGACCCUUUUAGAACGCAGCCUCAAAGUCUUGCUCAAAGUGCCCUUCUGAGUCUGUGUCCUUUGUAAAUUAUGUGUCAUGUAAUGCAUGCUCUCUUUUAGUAAAAUAAACUGUUGAUCAAUUUUA